GGCGGGCGGAGCGCGCGCACCUCUUCCGCCCUGGGCCCGGAAGGGUGAUGUGGCUGAGGCACCGCCGACCUCACUAUGUCUGCCAUUUUCAAUUUUCAGAGUCUGUUGACUGUAAUCUUGCUGCUUAUAUGUACCUGUGCUUAUAUCCGAUCCUUGGCACCCAGCGUGCUGGACAGAAAUAAAACUGGACUGUUGGGUAUAUUUUGGAAGUGCGCCCGAAUUGGUGAGCGGAAGAGUCCUUAUGUGGCUGUGUGCUGUGUGGUGAUGGCCUUCAGCAUCCUCUUCGUACAGUAGCCUGGGGAAAGGCCACGAUGUAACUGCCAUCUGAUUUCGUUGUGAACAAGGACUUACCUGCAGAGAAAAUGAUGGAAAGAAUGGCUAACUUUUUAUCUCCGAACACUGAAUGAGAUAAAUUUCCAGAUGCUGUUCUCUAUUUUUGUUAUUGGACCAAUGCUCUAUAUAAAUAAUUAAGAUGUAGCCACUUCAUACUCAGAGUUUAAUGGUAUGUCACAAUCAACCUCAGUACUGUCAUUACAAUAUUACAUUCUGAAAAUGUCAUUCUGUGUGUCCAGUUCCAGUUUUGAAUGAGGUAUCUCUAAGGCACGUCAUAGGAAACAAAAUUGGUAAAUUAUUCCAGUUGUUCUCACUGUGAUUUGGACACGAUAAAUCUUUAUAGAAAGAUCUUUUUUGGAUUGGCUUUUUUAUUGAGAAAAGUGACUCAGUAUGUGUUGAUAAGAAUUGAAUUCAUAUUUAUAAUGCUUGUUUCUCCUCUGGCCACACCAUUUUGGUCAUUAACCAGUGUACCUCUACCAGUAGCAAACUCUGUAGCUUAUUACAGGUGUUUAAAAUAUUUAAAACAAGCCUAUGCAAGUCUUCAGGAAGAUAAAUGAGUCGUGACGUUAAUGUUCACGUGUGACAUAAGAGCGUUAAGACUAGCCACCUAGCAGAGUAGCUUUUGAAACCUCUGGUCAAGUGUAGAUAAAUGUCUUACCGUCCUUGACCAGCUGGCUGUCGUGUUCUGAAAAGGGCAACAUUUCCAGAAUAAAAAGAGCACAUUUGAAGAAUUGUAGAAUGAAAAUAUACAUGCAGUUUUCUUUCUUUUUAAUGUCAUUUCUUUAAAACUGAAAUAAUCAGUUGCCCCAAAAUGAACUGUAUUUGUUUUUUAAUAUAGCACUUUAAACCUAGUCUGUCAGCUUGAACUGGAAUCUCUUGUAUGACUUUGUAGGUUAUAAACAGUUUACAAACUACUUUCCAGUGUGCUACAACAUGCAUGUCCUUUAAUUUUAAUAGUGAAGGAACACCUCCGGCAAUUUUUUGUCUAGGCAAACAUGAAUUACACGUUUUACUGUAAGGCAAUUAUUACAAACUUAGGGUUUUUGGUGUGUCUAGGCAAACAUGAAUUACACGUUUUACUAUAAGGCAGUUAUUACAAACUUAGGGUUUUUGGUGAGAGGCAGACAGAGCUCCGAUCUGCUGGUUCAUUCCUCCGGUGCAUGCAACAGCCUGGGCAGGGCUGGCGCCAGGAGUCAGGAACACAGUCCAGGGCUCCCACUUGGGUGACAGGAACCCAGUUACGUCAGCCACCACCACCGCCUCGCAGGUCUGCAUUGGCUGGACACGAGCCAGGCCCAGGAAUCCAGUCCAGGUUGUGAUGCAGCACACAGAGGUGUUCAUCACAGUGCCUGCAGUGGUGAAUGUUUCUUAAGGCUCGACUCAAAUUCACCUAAAAUUUCAGUGCCGACAGAAGAUUAAAGCUUGAAUUAUCCAGUGUUAAGUAGAUACAGCUCUUAACUUCUCUGUUAAGGUUUGAAAGCAAACUUUUUAAAUAAAAUUAUAUACAAAAAACUUACAAAUUACUAUUUCCAAAGUAGCUGUUUCUGCAGAAACAGCAUGGAACCGAAAGCCGCCUAAUUAAAAGCCCUUUUGGAUUACUUGGCAUGGUUUUAGCAAAUAUCUAAGUAAAGCAUAUUUUUUGUUGCCUGGUUUGUGUUUUGUUUUGGAGCAGUUUUGACAAAAUAAAAAAAGCUGUUGUA